AUGUCUGGAGCUGGGGAUCGGGAAGCUGUCUUCCCAACGCGACAGUCCCUGGGUGCUAUGAAGAACAAGCUUAAGGGCGCCGAGACCGGGCAUAGUCUACUCAAAAGAAAAAGCGAAGCCUUGACAAAGUACCGAGCAGAGAUCACAAGACGAAUUGACGAGGCAAAGAGGAAGAUGGGCCGUGUGAUGCAGAUUGCGGCUUUCUCGCUAGCCGAGGUCACAUAUGCAGUUGGCGGAGACAUUGGGUAUCAGAUCCAGGAAUCAGCGAAGCAAGCUCGCUUCAGAGUCCGCACGAAACAGGAAAACGUUUCUGGAGUUUUCCUACCUCAAUUCGAGAGCUACACGACAGAAGGGAACAACGAUUUCGGGUUGACAGGUUUAGGGAAAGGAGGGCAGCAGGUUCAGCGGUGCAGAGAGACAUACGCCAGAGCUGUGGAAACUCUGGUAGAGCUCGCUAGUUUGCAAACAGCUUUUGUCACCCUAGACGAAGUCAUCAAGGUCGUCAACAGGAGAGUCAAUGCAAUCGAACACGUUAUCAUACCACGCACGGAGAACACCAUCAAGUAUAUCAAUUCUGAGCUGGAUGAACUUGACAGAGAGGAAUUUUACCGCCUGAAGAAGGUCAAGAGCAACAAGCAGCGAGACAACAAUGCCGCAGAACAGGAAGAGAAGGCAUCCAAGAGGCGCGGAAGCGACAAGGAGAAUGCCGACGAUCCUGGAGCUACCGACAUCCUAGGGGAACAAGAAGAUCAAGAUGUGAUAUUCUAG